AUGCUCAGGGCUCCCGAGCCGCGGCCUGGGGAGGCGGAGGCGGUAGGCCACAGUCCCCGGGCCCUGCCGCCCGCCCAGUCCAAGCCGCUUACCUCCUUCCUCAUCCAGGACAUCCUGCGGGAUGGCGCGGAGCGGCGCGGCGGCCACACCGGCAGCCCGCAGCCGCCGCGUCAGCCCGGCCUGAGGCUGGACCGUGCGCCCGAGCUCCAGCGAGGAAGAGGCCGCGCCGGGGCGCUGGACGAUCCGCUGCGCGCCGGACCCCGCGCCGCGCCGGGGGAGGCAGACACGCUGGUGGAGACCGAGCCAGAUAGGCACUUCGAGAAGUAUGUGUUGGACUGUGAACACACUUCGGGUGCCUUGCCAAGCCUUUCCCAGGUCCCCAAGCAGCCACAGAAGCGCUCCCGAGCUGCCUUCUCCCACACUCAGGUCAUUGAGUUAGAGAGGAAGUUCAGCCAUCAGAAGUACCUGUCUGCACCAGAAAGGGCUCACCUGGCCAAGAACCUCAAACUCACGGAAACCCAAGUGAAAAUAUGGUUCCAGAACAGACGCUAUAAGACGAAGCGAAAGCAGCUCUCUGCGGACCUGGGAGACUUGGAGAAGCACUCGUCCUUGCCAGGCCUGAAAGAGGAGGGCUUCUCCAGGGCUUCCCUGGUCUCAGUGUGUAACAGCUACCCUUACUACCCCUACCUUUACUGUCUGGGCAGCUGGAGCCCUGCUUUCUGGUAA